AAUCUCACUGUGACAGAGCAAUGUGGCUUUAAUGCCUCUCAGCCAACACUGCUUUUGAUGCACAUUCACAUAAAUCAACCGUUAACAGAAAUGACGCCGUUUUCUGUUCGGACGUGUCUCUGAAAAGGCGCUAAAACUCAUUUGGAUGUCCGGUGACGUAUCCGCCGCUCCGCCGUCUCCUUUGGAGGUUGUCAGCUUCAUUGGCAAAACCGUUGGCGCAGGCGCGGCACUGACAGCUGCUGUCUACUUACUCCGCAAAGUCUGCUUGAUAAUGGCGUGGAAAUCAGGAGGAGCCAGCCACGCAGAGCUCGUUAACAAUCUCCGCAAAAAUGGCAUUAUUAAAUCUGACAAGGUGUAUGAAGUCAUGCUGUCCACAGACAGAGCACAUUACUCCAGGUGUAACCCAUACAUGGACUCGCCGCAGUCAAUAGGCUACCAAGCUACCAUCAGCGCCCCACACAUGCAUGCCUAUGCACUAGAGCUCCUACACGAUCAGCUGCAUGAGGGAGCCAAAGCUCUGGACGUCGGCUCCGGCAGUGGAAUCCUGUCUGUUUGCUUUGCACGAAUGGUAGGCCCUAAAGGUAAAGUUAUAGGAAUCGAUCACAUCAAAGAGCUGGUAGACGAUUCUAUAAACAACGUGAAGAAAGACGACCCCAACUUGAUUACAUCAGGCCGAGUCAAGCUAAUAGUGGGCGACGGGAGGAUGGGUCACACAGAGGAGGCGCCGUAUGACGCCAUCCAUGUUGGUGCAGCAGCUGCCACCGUCCCCCAAGCUCUUUUGGACCAGUUGAAGCCCGGCGGGCGUCUGAUUCUCCCGGUCGGCCCGGCCGGAGGCAACCAGAUGCUGGAGCAAUACGACAAGAUGGAGGACGGCAGCACCAAGAUGAAGCCCUUGAUGGGGGUGAUUUAUGUGCCUUUAACAGACAGAGACAAGCAGUGGUCCAGGGAUGAACUCUGAAUAAGAAGACGAGCCAUAAUCCACCUUUAAGUUUGAAACCUGGGGAAAACUCGGAUGGCAUCAGCAAGCCUUGAUAUUUUUGUUUCAAGCAUUAUAAAACAUGCUUUAUUUUUAUUUUUAUUUUUUUUGUUCAAGACAAAAGAGGGACUGGAGAAAUAACACUGACAGCUCUUAAAGGGCUGCAAGGAAAAGACUGCUUGAAGCUCCAUGCAGAAAUAUUCAAGAUGGGCUUUUUGUUUCUUUUUUUUUCCAGGCCUCCAUCUUUUGGUUAAUUUAAUUUUAACUGCUGGGUUUUUGUUUUUUUUUUGGUUUUUUUUUAUUGCAGUCGGGUGUUUUUGCAUUACAUUUCAGCAGGGUCAAAGCUGAAUGUACGAGGAAAGCAGAACAAAAACACCGGAGACUUUUAGAUAAUUCACCUAGCUACAGCGUGUGUGUGUGUGUGUGUGUGUGUGUGUGUGUGUGUGGCUCAUCUAACUGUAGAUUUUUCUGCUAGAAUAUAAGCUUGUUUUCCCCUCAAACCCCUUCCAGCAGUAUUAGAAAACACGAACAACACCGUGACUGAUGUGCAGAACCGUUGGGUCACGUAUGAAACACUCAGCUCUCUGGAUAAACUUCAGAAACAGCACCUAACUCACCAAAACGCAUGCAGGUACAGGGCUGCGCUUCCCACCGGGUGACGAGUCGUUUGCUGCCGCUGGUCUCCAAUUCCGACGUGUUCGGUCACUAACUGGGAGAGUCACUGCUUUGCCAAAAUAAACUUCAACAAUAUAAAGCAAAUGUCUGUUUUCUUGGAGAGAAAAAAAAGAAUAAUACACAAAAAAAGCACAUUUUAUUUAGAGGGGUUGAAGUGGUUGAUUAUAUUUGGCUUUCACAAUAUCUGGAAUGGGAUAUAAAAAUAAAGAGAUGUUUAUGUUUU